AAUAAUUAUUCAUGAUGAUGAUUUGGAACAAACCUAGAAAAAAAAAAUAAAUUCAAUUAAUCAAAUUCAAGUCCUUGGAGUGUUUGAUAAUCGAUAAAUUAGCUUGAUCAAAUUUUUAUCAAAAAAAAACUUUUAAAAAAAAUAAUAAAUCGAUCAAUCAAUCAAUUGAUUAUUUCAAGAAAAUUAUUCUCAUUUCACAAAUGAAAUUUAAUCAUCAUCAUCAUCAUAAAUAUUCGACUUUUAUUAUCGUUUAUCGUUGACAGACCUAGGAAAAAGAACACAUAUAUUAAAAUCAAUAGACUAUAAACGAGAAAAACAACAGCUAACCAAUCAUUACAGGAUUUGAUCAUCAUCCGAUUCAGGAACUGUGCCAACCACAAUAAAAACAACAACAACGACGACGACGACGACGACGAAAAUCUUUUACACAAUGACCCAGAAUAAUAAUAAAAGUUCCAGUAGCACAUCACCACCCAUUUCAUCAACAGUAGCAGCAGCAGCAGCAGCGAUGGGUGUUGUCAUCAAUAAUAAUGAUAAUAACACAAUGACUACUACAACCACCACCACCACCACCAACAACAACAACAACAAUAAUAAUAAUAAUUCAAGUCCAACGAUAAUAGCUACAACAGCGGCAUCAACAUCAAUGGCAACAACAAAUGUACGUCGUGUACGUCGUUAUCGUAUAUUUCCUGGACGAAAUCGAUUCUUCUGUGAUGGCCGUAUUAUAAUGGCCAAACAAAUUUCGGUUUUCUAUUUUACCGUUACAUUAUUGGUUGGUACAUGUGUUUCAUUUUUUAUUUUUGAUUCACCAUAUCUAUCGAAUAAAAUUAGCCCAUUGGUACCGAUUGUUGCUGCUUGUCUAUUUUUAUUUGUUCUAUUCAGUCUAUUUCGUACAUCAUUUACCGAUCCCGGUAUAUUACCGCGUGCAACACCGGCUGAAGCAGCCGAUGUUGAACAACAAAUUGUUCCAAACCAAAGUAAUUCAUCAACAAUGCGACCACCGCCACGUACCAAAGAAGUUAUGAUCAAUAAUCAGACUAUAAAAUUAAAAUAUUGUUUUACAUGUAAAAUAUUCAGGCCACCUCGUGCAUCUCAUUGUAGCCUUUGUGAUAAUUGUGUUGAACGUUUUGAUCAUCAUUGUCCAUGGGUUGGUAAUUGUGUUGGUAAACGUAAUUAUCGUUUUUUCUACAUGUUCAUCGUAUCAUUAGCAUUUUUAUGCAUAUAUGUUUUUUCAUGCAUAAUAACACAUUUUAUUCUAUUAUCAAAAACAAUGACAUUUGUUGAGGCUGUUAAACAAUCACCAGUGAGUGUUGUUGAAAUGAUCAUAUGUUUCUUUUCUGUAUGGUCAAUAUUAGGAUUAGCCGGUUUUCAUACCUAUCUUAUUAUGUCAAAUUUAACAACAAAUGAAGAUAUUAAAGGAUCAUUCUCAAAACGUAAUCAUGUGUCUGUUACUAAUCCUUAUUCAUUGGGAUCAAUAUUUCGUAAUUGUUAUUCAAUAUUAUGUUCACCAAUUGGUCCAAGUUUAAUACAUCGACGUUCAUAUGUUUAUUGUGAAGAAAGUAUCAUAACAACAACGGCAUCUAAUAAUAAUUCCAAUCAUCAAACACAAUCACCACAAUCAUCAAAACAAUCACAAUCGAUUCGUUUCCCUGGUCCAGUUGCAUAUCCAUUACAACCAACAGCAGCUUUUAUUUCUGGUCAACAACAACAACAACAACAACUGCAAGCCCCGGGCAUGGCUAGCUAUUAUCAUCAUCAUCAACAGCAACAACAACAACAACAGCCACCAUCAAUGAAUAAAUCACCACAAAUUAUAUCGCAUCAACUUAAACAACAAUCGAAUGGUCAAUCACAAUAUUAUGUACCGAUGAUGAAGAAUAUGUCCAUAUCUCAACAACUUCAUUCAGAUUUACAUGGCCAGGUUUAUCUUGGUCAUGAUAUUGAUGAGCUUGAUAAACAGCAACAACAACAACAACAACGUUAUGGAUUACAACCUAAUUAUUAUCAUCAACAACAACAACCACAGCCAAUUAAUGAUAAUUCCCAUAAUUCAAUAGUAAUGAUGGCCGAACCAUAUCAAAUAGAUCAUCAUAAUCAUCAUCAUGAAACAGCCAACGCCAUUGAUUCAUUAAAUUAUCCACAUUCAACAUGUCAACAGGCUUGUUAUUAUCAAAAACAAUCAUCAUCAUCGCCAUCAAUUCGACAACAAACAAAUAUAGCACAAUUACAACAACAAUCUGAUUAUCAUAAUUAUACAACGACAAUGGUUAUUGAUCCAUAUUAUCCGAAUUUAUUGAAGAAAAAUAAUUCAUCAUCAAUAAUUAUUAAUGAUAAUGAUGAUAAUGAUGAUCAUGAUCAUAAUAAUCAUGAUUAUUGUAAUUAUCCAUCAACACAAACACAUUCUGUUGGUGGUGGUGGUUCAAUAACCGGUACAUAUCAAUCAAGAUCCAAUAAUCAUCAACAAAAACGGUCACAGGGAACAACAACUACAGUGAAAGGUGGUAAUGUUGUUGGUCAAACAAUAAACACACGAUCACAGCAAAUAAAAUCACAAUCAAAUAGUAACGAUAAUGGAUACAAAUAA